UGGCCGAGCGCUGGUGCCUGCGCACUUCGCUCCAGCGCUGUCUUGUGCAGGGGUUGGCUCAGUCCUCGUGGCCGAACCCGGCUCGGAUCCGAGAGGCAUCGGGGGUUCUGGGCUCCGUUCUGCAAGGCCAGAAAGAAGCCGGGGCGGACCCGAGGGCGGAGAGAGCGGAGGGGGCGGUGUUAAGAACCCGGAGCGGAGUUAGGACGGUGUAGCAGCUUUUCCUCCUCCGGACUACAUUUCCCAUCGGUCCCCGCGGGCACCGGGCUGGCGGCCCUUUGUGUCUUCCCGAGUCCAAGGCAGCUGAGGCGCUUGUUUCCGGGCCCCCGGCUGGGUUCCGCCCGACUCUGAGGGCAGGUGGUGAGGCCCGUUUGGAGCUAUCCCCGAGCAGUCGGGCGGGAACGGAUCUUCCCGGAAUUCAGUUUUGCAGUCAUCUAAGGACACUGCCAUUUCCCAAGAGAAGAACCAGGAGGAGGAAGGAAUGGCUGUUGGACUUUUUAAAACCAUGUACCAGUGAAACAGAAAGCAGGAUCACCAGCUGAGAACGAGCUUGGGAGAGACGAUAUAGAGGAGUUGGUGACUUUCAGAGAUGUGGCCAUAGACUUCUCCCAAGAGGAGUGGGAUUGUCUGGAUUCUUCUCAAAGGCGUCUAUACAGUAAUGUGAUGCUGGAAAACUACAGGAUCUUAGUGUCACUAGGACUUUGCUUUUCUAAGCCAAGUGUGAUAUUAUUGUUGGAGCAAGGGAAAGAGCCCUGGAUGGUGAAGAGAGAACCAUCAAAAGGCUCAGGCUGGGAAUCUAUGUGUGAGACUAAAGAAAUAACCCCAAAGAAGGACAUUUACGAAGAUGAAUCAUCCCAGAAGAUAGAAAAAUUUACAAGCUAUGGGCUUGAGUACUCCAGUUUGAGAGAAAAUUGGAAAUGUGAGGACCAUUUUGAGAGGCAGUCAAACAAUCAGAAGGCAUUUUUCAAGGAAGAAAUAAUUACUCGUGAAGAAGCCUUUGUUAAUGAAAGAGACCAAGAAUAUAACAAAUCUUGGGGAAGCUUCCAUCAUAACAUACUGCUUCAUACACAACAGAUAAUCCCCAAAGAGGAGAAAGUUCAUAAACAUGACACACAUAAGAAAAGCUUUAAAAAAAAAUUAAUGGCCUUUAAACCCAAAAGUAUCUAUGCAGAGAAGAAACUUCUGAAAUGUAAUGACUGUGAAAAAGUCUUCAGCCAGAGCUCAUCCCUUACUCUUCAUCAAAGAAUUCAUACUGGAGAGAAACCCUAUAAAUGUGUAGAAUGUGGGAAAGCCUUCAGCCAGAGAUCAAAUCUUGUUCAACAUCAGAGAAUUCAUACUGGAGAGAAACCCUAUGAAUGUAAAGAAUGUAGGAAAGCCUUCAGUCAGAAUGCACAUCUAAUUCAACAUCUGAGAGUUCACACUGGAGAAAAACCUUAUGAAUGUAAGGUAUGUAGGAAAGCCUUCAGCCAGUUUGCCUACCUUGCUCAACAUCAGAGAGUUCAUACUGGAGAGAAACCCUAUGAAUGUAUUGAAUGUGGGAAAGCAUUUAGCAAUAGGUCAUCCAUUGCUCAACACCAGCGAGUUCAUACUGGAGAGAAACCUUAUGAAUGUGAUGUCUGUGGGAAAGCAUUUAGCCUUCGUGCAUACCUUACUGUACAUCAGAGAAUACAUACUGGAGAGAGACCCUAUGAAUGUAAAGAAUGUGGGAAGGCCUUCAGCCAGAAUUCACAUCUUGCUCAACAUCAGAGAAUUCAUACUGGAGAAAAACCUUAUAAAUGUCAGGAAUGUAGGAAAGCAUUUAGCCAGAUUGCCUACCUUGCUCAACAUCAAAGAGUUCAUACUGGAGAGAAACCCUAUGAAUGUGUUAAAUGUGGGAAGGCUUUUAGCAAUGACUCAUCCCUCACCCAACAUCAGAGAGUUCAUACUGGGGAGAAACCUUAUGAAUGUAAUGUGUGUGGGAAGGCCUUUAGUUACUGUGGAUCCCUUGCACAACAUCAGAGAAUUCAUACUGGAGAAAGACCCUAUGAAUGUAAGGAAUGCAAGAAAACCUUCAGGCAGCGUGCACACCUUGCGCAUCACCAGAGAAUUCAUAUUGGGGAGUCACUGUCACCGCCCAAUCCAGUCAAUCACCAAGUCCUGUAGUACUGUCUUUUCAAAUUUCUGAAAUCUGUCCUCUUUCCUCCAACUCCAAUGUUGUCACCCUAGUCUAAGAUUCAUCACCUCUGGACCACUGCUAUAGCUUUCUAUCAAGUCUUCCUGUAUCCCCUUUUGCUCUCCUUAAAUCCAUUUUUUACAGUGUAUUUAAACUGACUUUUUUAAAGUAUGAGAACACACACAUCACUGUCUCCAGUUAAACCUUUUUUGGCUUGCUGUUUUUCUUAGGUUAAUAUCCACAGCCUUUAAAAUUAUCUGAGGCUUUCCAUUAUUUAGUUCUUAAAUUCCUUUGAGCCCUAUUUUAUUCCAGUCUCCCUGUCUGGAAGCUUGACACUUCCCAAUACUAAAAGCUUAGAUUCUGGAAAAUCAUAGUUCUGCCACUACUGUGGCGUUGUGUAACUUUGAGCAAUUUUCUCAGCUUAUCUAAACCUCAGGAUUUUCUUUAAUUUUAAAAUUUAGAUAAUAAAGAAUACUGUAUUAUAGAAAUGAGUAUUAAAUGAAAUAAUAGUCUUGUAAAUUGAUGCAUAUUAAAUGAGAAAUUUGCAUGUAAAGUACUUCAAAUAGUGCUUCACAUAUAGCAGAUGUUCAGUGAAUAAUAAUACAAUAAUAAUAAUAAUAAUUCAAUAAUAAUAAUAAUAAUAACCAUAAUAAUAGCUAACAUGUAUGGAGUGCCUACUAUGCACCAGACACUGUUUUAAGUACUCAACUUACAUUAGCUCAUUUACUUCUCACAAAUCAAGAUUCCUUGGUGACCAAAGUGGAACAUCCCUGGGAAGCAUCAGGUCAGAACGGGGAAAACUUAAAUAUUUGAGAACAUAAGUGGGCAUCUUUGUACUCUAGGUGAGUAAUCAAAAUAUACAUAAGUGGUAAAACAAAAAUUAACCAUUUUGGGAAGUUUCUAAAGAGAAUGAAUUGGAUAAACCAAUUGAAAUAAAUUAGGAUUCACUAAGAAGAAUGCAGGACUUACUUUUAGAUCAGAGAGAAAAUAGAAAUACACACAAUUCUAAAAAACCAACAUAGAAAUUCAUGUUCUGUGUAUAGCCAUGAGACGCAGGUAUUUGUGUGGGCAAAUUCAUGAUUGUGAAGCAUUUAAACUAUUCCAGGUCAUAGAAAAAGGAGAAAGUUCCUAAAGUUUUUAUCCAGUGGUUGCAAAAUGGAAAUCAAAAAGGGAUUGAGGGAGGAAAACUACAGGCAAAUUUAUAUCUUAACAUAGGCUUUCAUUGAUUCAGUGAAUAUUGAUUACUAUUUGCCAGGCACUGUUAAGGCAAGAGGAGACAACAAUAAGAAAUAAAAAGACCAUUCCUCCGUGGAACUAAAUUCUAGAGGCUGAGACAGUUAAUUCAUACUGUAAUAUAAAACAGUGGGCAUUCUAAACCCAGAAAACUGAAAGAUAAUAAGAAAAUAAAUCAAUAAUCAUUAUACAGCCCAGACUGAAGAAGCUCAAUGUAAUACAGUUGGCAGUUCUUCCUAAUUCACGAAUUCAUUGAAAUUCCAACCAAAAUUCCUGAAUGGGCCUUUUUUUCCCUUUAAUUUCACAAGUUUGUUUUGAAAUUCAUCUCUGAAAUGAAAAUUCUUGAGAACAGCAAGAAAAUUAUUGAAUCUGAUUUAUUUGUAAGAAUUUUGCUUUUGAUAAAGAUGGUACUUCAUAACAGUGUAAAAAGGAUAGAUUUGGUGUGCUCAAAUAAUUUACUAUGUACAUCACUAGUAGUAAGGGAAAUACAAAAUAGAGCCACAGUGAACUAUUUCAAAAGCAUUACAUUGGCAAAAAUUAAAAUAGUGCCAUUUAUUGGAAAGACAUGGAGCACUAGGAACUUUGCAUUCCUAACAAUGUGGCAAUAUCUGGUAAAGUUGAAGAUGUGAAUACUCUUUGACCCAGCAAUUCCUCACUUAAAAAUAUACCUCUAGAGAUGUGAGGGAGAUGUACAUGAAAGUCCACUCCAGCACUGUUUUUGAGAAUGAAAAAUUGAAAGAAAUCUAAUAACUAUUAGGCUGAAUAUGUUAGAAUACAAGGUAGAACAGAUGAAUUAGAGAUAUUUGUGUCAACAUGGAUAAAUCUCAAUAAAAUGUUAAAUUGAGCUAGACAGUAUUUGUAUUAUAUAAUACCACUUAUUUAUGUAAAGGUUGAAAACAAGCAAAUCAAUUCUAUGUGGGUUUUUUUUUCCCCAUGGCUAAAUGCUAUAUAGAAAUAGUGUAAAUACAUUCAUGGAAAUAAUCAGCAAAUUUGGAACAGUGUUGACUUCUGGGGAGGGAGAAAAAUGGGAUUGGGGAAAGGGUACAAGGAAGAUAUAUAUAUCUUUAACAUUUUAUUCUUUAAAAAAUAAGCAAAGCUGGCCAAUUCUUAUGUUUUGAUAAAGAUGAUUGUGGAUAUAUGGGCAUUGAUUAUUAUUCUCUGUACCUUUCUGUAUAUUUAAACUUUCAUAAUUAAAGAAAGAACAUUUAAAUGA